AUAUGUUUAGAUGGCGCUAGCGAUUUACAAUUAGAUUAAAAUGUUCUGCUAAAUUAUUCAUUCUUCCUGGUAGCACCAUCGCUAGCUGUGAUCUUAGAGAAUAUCUCAAAAAAUUAGAGAAAGAUACUCAAUUGAUUGAAUUCGAACAAAUUUAAUCAAUUUGACAAGUACAGGUAAAAUAAAGUGAAGUCUCAGUUAGUAAUUAAUGAUUGCAAAAAUUAAUUUCAUUUUGACCACGAGGAAUUGAUUCACAAAUAAUUAUCAAUUAUUGCAAAGGAAGAAAAAUAAGAAGGAUAAACUAACUCCUACACCUGUUCAAUUUUAUGGUAUUGCUAGGAUGGAAAAAAAAAUUAUCUCCUGAGGCUUGAAUGAGAAUACAAUUACCUAACGAAUGGAAUUACAUGAUGUAGACCGAAUUCUCACACCAACAGAAGAACUAUAUCUCGAAUUUUAUGACACAUUUUUAGAAGAGAAUAAGCACGUAAGAAUAUAUACACCUUAUUUUGAAAAUUCAGCAUUUUGUCCUUUACAAGAUCCGCUUAUUCCACCGUUUUUAAGCACUUUCAUAUCAAUACCAAUGAUUCAAUUCAAAUUCGGUUUUACAAGAAAAUCUACUGAUUCUAAGGUUAUAAAAAGAAAAAUCAACAGUGAGUCAAAAAUGAAGAAGAGAACAUAUACUACAAGAAAUGCCGAGUCUAUAUUGGAUCCUCCCAUAAGUGUCUCUUCCAGCUCUAAUGAAGUUCAAAAUGCAACAUCAUCCAGUUCAACAAGGGCUUUUGCUGUUCCAAGUUCAACACGAUUCCCUAGACAGCCACCAAGUUAUAAUGAAGCCCAAAGUUCAACAUUACCUGCUCCGACAGUGACUCCUGCUUCGUAUUCAGAAGCUCUUUUUAGACAGCCACCAAGUUAUAAUGAAGCCCAAAGUUCAACAUUGCCUGGUCCAACAAUGGUCUCGACUUCGUAUUCAGAAGCUCUCUUCAGACAGCCACCAAGUUAUAAUGAAGCUCAAAGUUCAACAUUGCCUGGUCCAACAAUGGUCUCGACUUCGUAUUCAGAAGCUCUCUUUAGACAGCCACCAAGUUAUAAUGAAACCCAGGAUUCAAUAUUACCCGGUCCAACAAUGGUCGCUACGUCGUAUUCAGCACUAUCUGGCCAUCCACCAAUAAAUUAUAAUUCUCAUGCAGUAGCUUGUACAUGUCCUGGGCCUUGUGAAAAUUUUGCAUAUCCUUCUUACACUACUGCUUCAGGAGCCUCUACUUAUUCAAGACCAUUUUCUUCACAGUCACCAACAGAUUGUUCGUGUGACGUCCGUUGCACAUGUUCUCCAAAUCCUGAAUGGUGUCCAUAUCCUCCUUAUAUUUCUCCUACAACAGGAGCUGCUAUUUCUCAGCCACCACCAAGUUAUCCUUCUGGUCCAGAACCUUAUUCAUAUCCCGAAACUUUUGGAUAUCAUUCAUAUCCUUCAUACAAUACUGCUCCAACAAGAACUUCAACACAUUGUGAUUUGAAUGAAGCAGCCUGUACAUGUCCUCCUGACUAUUAUUCAUAUCCUCCUCAAUCUACUGCUACAGCAGAAGCCUCUGCUACUUGUUCAGUACCAUAUCCUACACCUCCUCAAAUAAAUUAUGAUAUACCUCCUCCACCUCCUUAUCCUGAAACUUCUCAAAAUUAUUCAUAUCCUUCUUAUACUAGUACCAUAACAAACACCUCUGCAUCUUCAAGUUCAGUAUCAUACCCUACACCUCCACCUUCAAUAGAUAAUACUCACGAUGCAGAGGCUUCUACAUCCUACCCUCGAAUUUCAGGAAAUCGUUCAUAUCCUUCUUACACUACCAUGACGAGCAUGACUCCUGCUUCCGCUUCGGGGUCAAUCCCUACUUCUUCUAAAGAUUACCAUACAUCUGAUGAAAUGGCUGCUACAUCCGAUUCGGAAAAUUCUACAUCUCCAUAUCCCUCUUACAAUGCCGAAUAAGAACUAAGCUAUACAGAACUUAUAAAAUACCUCAUAAUCAUAAUCAAAUGGUGCUGAAUUUUUUGCAACUGGAAAUAGAAGAGACAUAUACAUAGCUUGAUUGAAUGUUUUUUUUAAAUAAUAUUGUAAACAAUCAUUGUAAAAUAACAUUUUUAUCAAUUGAUCGCAAGGAUAACAUCCAAAUUUUAAAAUAAUUGACAAAUAUGGAAAGAAAAAUCGCAAGACAAUAUUCAUUACUUUGAUUACAAAUAUUAAAAAUUUUUUAGAAAACUUCUAUCACUUUCUAUACAAAUUUUUAAACAAAAUAAAAUAAAUAAACAAUUUUUCAACA